AUGACGAAAGUUAUCCUUGUAGGAUCAUGCGGUGUAGGAAAAACUUCAAUUGUAAAGGUUAUUACAUCAGGAUUGUUUGAGGAAGAAUACAAUCCCACAGUUGGAGCUGAAUAUAAUCUCAAAGUUUUAGGUCCUCCAGGAGAAGAAGUUAAAAUACAAUUCUGGGAUACAGCUGGUGAAGAAAAGUUCCAAGCUAUGGCCCCUAUUUACUACCAUGACGCGAAAAUCGGUUUAGUUGUUUUUGCAAUGGAUGAUCAAUACUCGUUUGACCGUCUAAUCUCAUGGAUUAAUUCAAUUAAUGAUAAUACAGAAGGUGUCAGAUUGAUUGUAGUAGGAAAUAAAUCAGAUAAAGAAGAUAAAGCAGUUAAAACAGAACAAGCGAUUUCUUUGGCCAACGAAUUCAAGGCAGAAUAUGUAGAAGUUUCUGCUAAAACAGGAGCUCGUAUUCAAGAUCUUUGCGAUAUAAUUUCCGAUUUGGCAAAAGAGAAAGAAGCCGAGAUUAAUCAAAAGCAGAAUGAGCAACAAUCUCUAAAGCUUGUAAGCGAAUCAUCUACUCAAAAUAAUCAACAAGGUUCGAAAUGUUGCUAG